UGGCGUUGCGAGAGAAGGCUGCAUUCCUCAGCCCGAGCAAAGCUGUCCCGACUACUGCCAGCGAAGCGUGUCUGGCUCCCAUAAGCAGCCCUGGUGUCUGGCUCCGGCGCGAGUUGUGUGUCUGUCUGUCCUUGCCCCUCUGCCUGCAGCUUCCUUUUUUUUGUUCGCCUGUCCGCUCGUCGGUCCGCUUUUGCCUGCCCGACUGCCCAACCUCGGUCAGCUUGUCUUGAGUGUGCGCCCGCUGUGUUUGGCGUGUCGCGUGUUCUCCCACCCGCUCGGUAAUACCGCUCGCCGUACUCUCGCCUCUCGUGAAAAAGAAGUCAGCCUUUGGUUUGUAAAGAGAGAGAGAGAGAAACAAAAAAAAUCAGCCGCUGCAAGUCUUCCGCAAGAAUCGGUGUUAGGUGUUGUUUAACGUUAUCUGGACCCUACAGCUUUGAAAUAGAAGUCGCUGUCCCAGAAGAAUGGUUUUGACUCUAGCAAGGAACGGAUACAUCCAGUACCAGAACGGGAUGUAUGUGGCACGCAAGCCAUAUGCGGCGAGCAGCCACCCCCUGGCUCCUGCCAGUCCAAGCACGCUCAGCAGCAACAGCGGCAGCACCAGCGCUGGGGGCGGAGGGAACGGCAUCCUGGCUGACCACCUGAGCAAGACCAACCUGUACAUACGAGGCCUUCCGCCCGGAACCACCGACCAGGACCUCACCAAGCUGUGCCAGCCGUAUGGCAAGAUCGUUUCCACGAAGGCGAUAUUGGACAAAAAUACCAACCAGUGCAAAGGCUAUGGCUUCGUGGAUUUUGAUAGCCCUGCAGCCGCCCAGAAGGCAGUGACAGCCCUCAAGGCAAAUGGCGUGCAGGCACAGAUGGCAAAGCAACAGGAGCAGGACCCGACGAACUUGUACAUCUCCAAUUUGCCGCUGUCCAUGGACGAGCAGGAGCUGGAGGGCAUGCUCAAGCCGUUCGGCCAGGUCAUUUCUACGCGCAUCCUCCGCGAUGCCAACGGCACGAGCCGCGGGGUCGGCUUCGCGCGAAUGGAGUCCACGGAGAAAUGUGAAGCAGUGAUACAGCAUUUUAAUGGCAAGUUCAUCCAAAUCCCACCUGGUGUUCCAGCGCCGUCUGAGCCCCUGCUGUGCAAGUUUGCCGAUGGUGGGCAAAAGAAGAGGCAGAGUCAGAGCAAGUACACGCAGAACGGCCGGGCCUGGCCGAGGGAAGGGGAAACCGGCAUCGCCGUCACAUACGACCCCACUGCUAUCCAAAAUGGUUUCUACCCAUCUCCGUACAGCAUUGCGACAAACAGGAUGAUAGCGCAGACGUCCAUGACACCGUAUUUAGCCUCCCCCGUCUCCACUUACCAGGUGCAGAGUACAUCCUGGAUGCCCCAUCAGCCUUACGUCAUGCAGCCCGCGCUGGUUUAUAUAGAAGAGAACGGAAGUAGAACUCUCCAAACCAAUGGCACUGUGCUGACACCCCCCAUGGAGACAGCAAUGUCCAUGCAACCGACAGGCAUGAUGGGACCAAUGGCCCAGCAGAUGUCCCAUCUCUCAUUGGGCAGUACCGCCACAUAUAUGCCAGCAACAGGCCCUGUGCAAGGCACAUACAUCCCUCAGUACACCCCUGUGCCUCCAACACCUGUUACAUUGGAGGAGCAUGGAGGUCAGCAGCAACAGCAAGUAGAGACAGCACCUGAUCAUGGUGCCUACACCUAUCAGCAGGGCAAGUGACAGUCAGAGUUAGGGAAAGUAUGUGGAGAGUGUGUUCCAAUCAAGGUUUUUUGCUACAGCAAGUUUUCACGUAGAAGGUGUCCGUUUUGCACAAGCAGGAAAUCAAGAACUUUUUAUUUCAUGAAACAAUUACCUAAAACUGCUAUUUUUGGUAUGAGUUCUUUCGAAGAACCUAAAUAGUUCAUCUGAUUGCUAUGAUCUUCAGAUUCCUUUAUUUUGCUAUGGAAGAAUUAUUUUUAAAGAGAAUCUGUCAAACGUAUUGACUUAAAUAUUAGGUUGAAAAUCAAAACAAGUGAAAAGAUAUAGACCUUGCGAGUGGCUUGAAUGGGUGAAGUCUCGAGUCAGGCUGGAGUUUAAAAAGUAUACUAUUGAGAGAUGCAUUCUUUAUUUGCGUUAUGUUACGUUUGUUUCGUUCCCCUUUUUUCCUUCAAGAUAAGACUUAGUAUUAGGUUUAGUUUUGUUUUAAGAACUAGAAAUUUGAAGAGUUUUUCGAGUUGCUAUUUUUUAUCAUGUUUUUUUUUUACGAGCGGUUGGAUUCUCUUUCCUUAGGGAAUAUUUGAUAAAGAUGUUUUUUUUCUGUUCUCACUGGCCUUAAGCUUUUUAACUUUUAGUAUCUUUUCAGAAAAUAACACAUGAUUAAUUAGUUUAGGUCACUCAGCUUGGGGCACAAAUUUAGUCAAAAGCAUUUUGUCAACAUUUCAGAGUAGAUCUUCAUUUGUGGAAGAGUUUACUUUUCCCAAUUGCUAAGCUUAGAAACAUAGACUAGAGGUGCUUUUAUUUCGAUUUAAGUUUGCUUUACAUGAAAAUGAAAAAAUGAAAAACAUUUUGUAAAUCUCAAAGAAAGCUUUUUUAAUGAGUUUAAAUCAAAUGGGGAAUAUGGCGUUUCCAAUGAAAUGUUUUUGAUGGGUGACAAAUAAAGGGCAGCAUUAGCAGAGGGCAAACGAUUUCUUUUUAUUAUCAUGAACCAUGUCUUGAAACUCAAGUCAUUUAUUGGGAAUUAAUGAAAUACAGUGGUUACAUUAUACAUGCUUUAAGUAUGGCAGCUGAUGAUUUGGUUAAAUGUAUACAAUUGUGAAUUGAACAAUGUAGAAUUUAAUUUGAAAAUCAGUGGACUUGUCAUGAGAAGACGUUUCUGAUCAGUACCAAAGAUGUGCAAACCAAUUCCCUGUCGAUGAUAUGUGUUUCUUGAUGCAUUACAAGUUAUUUUUUUGUUGUUUAUUUGGCCGGACCAUGUUUCUUCUAGUUUUUUUUAUUGUUUUAUUUCUUUUUUCGUGAUAUAUACGCAUGUUCAAAGAACUAUAGAUUUAUUUCACUACAGAUGGUGACAAAAAACCCCUUUGAAGCUAUGAAAUACAGUUUCAUUCUCCACAAAAGGUAUUAAAAAAAAGCAUUACUUUUUCAAUAAAUCACGCAUCAUGAUGUAUGUCGUUUGUUCCAAUUAAAUCUUUAAAUUGACUUCAUCUACAAUUGAGUCGGCAGCACUUGCAAUUUAUCUACCUCAGGUUGUGGUGUUAUGCCAGCUGCUUGCCUGACUGCGACAAUCAGAUGACAAAUUUAACAGGUGUCCCUUUAAUUAUGAGAAAUCAGUAAUUUCAUAGCUCCAAAUUGUCAUUGAGGAAACAUUUUAACGUAAAAAAGAAUGUUGAUUUGUUGAUACAUUUUUGUUGUUAGUCACUGUUUUUAAAUGAGUGGUUGAAUGGUUUGAUGUUAUGUCUUGGUUGAUUGUUGUGAGCAACAAAAGCGCUUGAUGCAUGAUGCUGUAAGGUCGACAAGUGUGAGAUUGUUGUAAGAUUGGACGUGGAAUGGUGCAGAAUUGAAAUAAUUGGCAAUGCUGUAAAAAUGUAUGUAAAUUAUACACAAUUAACUUCCAACCUCUGCAGCAAAAUCACAGUUGUUUGUUUGUGGCAUUGUGUAGAGUCUAAAUGUUUGGCUUGCUAAAGUUUCUUUAAAAGUUUUUGCAGCUGUAAUCAUCACACGAAUGUUGUACUUCAUCUUUAUUAUUUGCAUUAAAUGAAGUGUAUUGUGUUUUUUAUUUUGUAGAAAGUUACUUAUAUAGCGCCUUGGACUAAUUUAAAUGUUUGAAUAAAAACAACGCUGCGUAAGCUUUUAAUUAAACUCUACCAAGCCCCUUAAAAAACGCGACUGCAGUGAAAAAAACAUCAUUUACAGUCUACAACCGUAAAAAAAUUCUGUACAUAAAAAAUCAGUUCCAUCUCAUUUUACAGCCAUUUACUAAGUUAAGUAAGUUUUAAUUUAUAAAGAGGAGACCUUUUUGUACAGAUGCUCAUAGAGAUGUCUAUAUGAACAACAGAGAGAUUUUUAUUUUUGCUGUUCCUGUGCCACAACCUUGCCAGGGAAAGGGUUAUUUGUUUUAGGUUUUCUUUUACUCCCCAUCAGAUAGCUGUCGGUUUUUAUUUCGAUUUUAUGGUAGGUAGCUGUAGUGCACGCUUCUGUAGAAUUCUGCAAACUGUCUUCAACUCUGUUGUCAGCCCUUGACAAUUGUUUUAAAUAAAAAUGUUGCAAUAAA